UGAGUUAGGGUUUAUCUGCUGCUUCCCCCCGGGCUGAGACUCACACAGAGGGAGCCCGGCCACUGGGGAGUGGAGGGUGGGGGGGUUUCCGGACACAUGUGGCAUCUCCUGGCGCUGGGCUGCCUCUUCUUCCCCGGCUUGUUCAUCCUCACCCGGAGAUUCCUGCAGACCAACUUCCCCACUUUAAGCGACGGAGACACCGUCGCCGUCAGCGUCAGGUUCAUUUCCUCCGUGCAAGCCAUGAUGGCAGUGUUCGUUGGUUACAUCAUCAUUUCCUCCUGUAAGCAUGUGAUGAAAGACAGGCAUUGGAUUUCUACAGCUUAUGUGAUGUUUGGGGCACCUUACAUGGUUUAUGAUAUUUAUGCCAUGUACCUAUAUCACUGGUACAAGCAAAAGAUGAAACGCGACAAUGGGCAGAACAGUGCGCCGGUCAACAUUGUGACCGACUUCCUGAAGAAAAACGCUUUGAUAGUGCUGCACCAUCUUGUGCUGUUACUCGUCUGCUUCCCUAUUAUUGUGUACUACAGAAAGGGCCUCGGGGAUUUCUUCCUGGGUUGUCUGUUCUUGGCCGAGCUGAGCACACCAUUUGUCUCGUUUGCCAAAUUACUUAGCCGGUUCAGAAAGCAGAACACGUUGCUGUACAAGAUCAACGGUGCCAUCAUUUUGGUGAUAUUCUUCUUCUGCCGUAUCCUCGUGUUCCCCUACAUGUACUGGGCCUAUGGCAAGCAGUACGGCAUCCCUGCCCACCGGGUCCCCUUCCACAUCCCCCUCCACUGCACCUUGGGCAACGCCAUACUGAUGGCUCCUCAAGUUUACUGGCUCACUCUGAUCAUCCGGAAGGCAAGGAGCAUGAAGGCAGAGUGACAUGACGGCAAGGAAGAUGCCGCUACUGCUGUCCCCACACGCAAGGCAGUGACCUCCUUGUGGAGCUGUGCUGAGCAUUAUUUUGUUUUGGAAGUAUUACAUUUUUUAUGCUGGGGCAAUUUUACCAGUCCAGCCGGCCUUAAUCUGUUGCAAGUGCAAAUUGGGAAAUUUGUGCCCACACACACACUGCCUGCACUGUCAGAAAAUCACAUGCACCCGAAUUUCUGGUACAUAUUCCCUCCUGGCAUUAGGGACCUGUAAAAUUACCCCUAUUUGCCUUUUGAUAAUGAUAAAAGAUUCUAUUUAAUACAUAUUUUAUAAAGUUUAUUGUGGUUUAUUGAAUAAUUUAAGGUUAUAAACUCAGUUCUUUACGAUGUUUUAAACUAGUUUGAACUUCAUUAAAAGACAGUACCUGAUUGAAUGUAAAACCUGA